GAAGUAGCUACGGGUAUAGCUAAUGGUGAGCUUGAUCCUUUAACUAAAAUGCCAUUUCAGAAAGAUAUCAGUGGCAAUGAAUUGUACUAUGGCCAAACUCAUCAACCCAAGAACUUCAAGCUUGAAGGCCGUCAAAGGAAAAAGCUUGAUCUGCCUGCAAAAAAGAAUCUUCUGACCAACUAUUUUUGUAUCGCUUCCCUUGAAGCUAAGCAAAAUUUCAGAGUCCCACGGAUCGCCCCUAUUGAUUCAAAUGCAGAUGGAUCAUCUACUGCGUUGCUGGACCGUCAGAUGGAAGCUGAUUCGAGUGAACUAAGGAGCUCAUCAGUUCAUCUAGAGGAAAACAAUGUGAAUAUAUUGGUUGAUGGUACUACUGCAAUAAGGGAUUGCCAUUUGGAGUCAACUGGUGAUGGACGUCAUGAGAAAAAAGGAUCGAGAGAUGGUCAAGGAAUGCAGCGAACCCUAUUUCAACAUUCCAUCUGCAAACCUUGUGUUCUGUUGCAUAAGGAUCGAGUUUCCAAAAACAAGACUGUAAUGGAGAAUGGGAAAGUAGUUGUAAGAAGUUCGUAUUUUUUGCCUAGGAAGAUUGGGAAGGAAAAUAUUCAGGAAAAUGGAACCGAAUUGGGCGAGUCUGCCACUGAAAAAUCCAAUACCAUUUCCUCUGCUGAAGAAUGCCCUUCAGCUUCAGAGGUAAUUGAAGAGGAAAUGAACACAGUUUGUCCGAAAACCACACUGAGUUUCAAGUUACAGCAUAGUUCUGCUGAUGAAAAUGAUGAAAGUGAAACGAAACCAGAAAGCAAGAGAGGCAUUAUCAGAAGCGCAUAUUUUCAGCAUCAGAGCUCAUUAAACAGAAAUAGUCCAAUCGAAGAACAUGGAGACCCUUUACCAGAAGAAGAUGCCAUUUCUUCCGAGAUUGAUGAAAGAAAGAUGCCUGAGAACCCCUUUCACUAUUAUAAACCAAAACUGGGGAAACGAAAGGUUACGUUCAGCAAUACCAUUGAAAACGACACUGUAAAAGCUAGUCGUCGUAUCUUUACUGAUUCUUCUCCAAAUGGUCAAAGUAAGAGUAAUCCUCAAGAUGAGGACAAUGUUUCUGCCAAUGAAGUGAAUGUUGAGGAUGAAAAGUUUGGUUCUAACCUAUCUCAUUUGGGAAAUUACUGUCAAAUAUCCAAAAAAUCAAUGGAGAGAUUUGUUUCCGUGAUAUCUUCUUUUGCAUUCACCUCAAAUGGUUCUCGUGCCAGCGGUCUUCGUGCCCCAUUGAAAGAUAUCAAGAAUGCAAGCAGAAACGGGGCACCAAGGGAAAUGGAUCUCGACAGAUUUGUGUAUCUGCCAAGUCCUAAUCGGGGGCGACAUUCAGCACGCCGUAGAAUCUAAAACUGAUGCCAAUGUGUGUGUUUGUAUUACUAUGGAUUCAAUCCUGCAGCUAUCAAAUGUUGUCUGUAUUUUGUACGGCAGUGCAAUAGUAUUA